CGCCUAACUUCAGGAGACGACCAGUUAAAGCCCCAGGAUUAAGGUCAAAGGCAAUCUCGGUCCUAUUGGUCGAGAUUUCGUGUGUUGGUAGUAGUUUAGAAAUCCGGAUGCUUGGGAAGGAAGCGGAGAUACUGAAACGAAAAGAGCAAAAGAAGACAUGGUGAAGCCUAGUCUUGGAGAGAAGGAGAAUAGAUUUGCUUCUAUUUAGCAUCUGAAUUAGCCGGAAGUUGGUGUGGGUCCCACAUUCACAGAGAGAGAGAGUGGAGAACCAGGUUUAGCAGAGAAGUACACAGGUCAGUGCAUAGGGUACCCGCCCUUUUGCUAAGAGGGAAUGGCUGGUCGGUGAUAAAGUGUAAAACUCUGGAUCUGAAGUCAGAGGACCUUCAUCUGCACCCUUACCCAUCGGCUUAGCUCUGUGACUUGGCUAAAUCACAAUUAAAGAGGAAAUGAGUUCAGACAAUGGCUAUGGAACACAGCGUAUACUGUCAGACUUGGCUGAUGUGGUGGUUUUGCUGAAUGGAUCCCUCCCCCUCCCCACACACAUACACACUUAUAGUCUGCUUUAAGGGAUGGCUCUCUGGGGAGGGAAGGAAGCAGGUCGAAGUCCAUGAGAAGUAAAACCAUAAUUGCCCAAGACAACAUGUAGUUGUUGGCUUGCUGAUCUCCUGUGUAUUUCUCAUAAGCUUGGGAUUCUAAACUCUCCAGUGUUGCAGCAGUAAGGAAAAAAUCCCAUGGAUCCAUCUGUGGUCACUGCACUUAGCCUGGUACUCUGUCUGCUUCUCAUUUCAGUAUGGAGAAAGGGCUAUGGAAAAGGAAAGUUCCCACCUGGGCCUACUCCUCUUCCAAUUAUUGGAAAUAUGCUGCAGUUAGAUACUAAGAAUAUCAAUAAAUCCUUUUGCCUGCUGGCAAAAACUUAUGGCCCAGUAUUCACUCUGUACUUGGGUUCUGAGCGUGCUAUCGUGUUACAUGGACAUAAAGCAAUUAAGGAAGCUCUGAUUGGUCAUGGAGAUGCAUUUGCUGGCAGAGGAAGUUUCCCAGUGUCUGAUACCAUUAACAAGGGAUUGGGACUCCUUUUCAGUAAUGGAGAGAGAUGGAAGCAAAUUCGCCGCUUUUCACUUACAACCCUGAGGAAUUUUGGGAUGGGAAAAAGGAGCAUUGAAGAGCGAGUCCAAGAAGAGGCCAAGUGCCUGGUGGAGGAGUUAAAAAAAACAAAAGGACUGCCUUGUGACCCCACCAUCAUCCUUGGGUCUGCCCCCUGCAAUGUCAUCUGCUCAGUUGUUUUCCAGAAACGUUUUGACUAUCAAGAUCAGAAAUUUCUAUAUUUAAUGGAGCUUUUAAAUGAAAACGUCAGGAUUCUCAGCUCCCCAUGGAUACAGGUCUACAAUUCUUUCCCAUCUCUAGUCCAUUAUCUCCCAGGAGUUCAUCAUAAAUUAAUCAAAAAUUUUCAUCACUUGAGUGACUUUGUUUUGGAGAGAGUUAAAGAGCAUCAAGAAACCCUAGAUGCCAAUGACCCUCGGGACUUCAUUGACUGUUUCCUGAUGAAAAUGGAGCAGGAAAAGCAAAACCCACAGUCUGAGUUUACCAUUGAAAACUUAACCCAAACCACUCUUGAUCUCUUUGGAGCUGGGACGGAGACCACCAGCACCACUCUGAGAUAUGGCUUCCUGCUUCUGCUGAAGUACCCUCAUAUCACAAAAAAAAUCCAUGAAGAAAUUGACCAAGUGAUUGGCCAAAACCAAAGUCCCAGCAUGAAAGACAGAAGCAAUAUGCCUUAUACCAAUGCUGUGAUCCAUGAAAUACAGAGAUACAUUGACCUCGUCCCUGCCAGCGUGCCUCAUGCAGUAACAGAAGACAUUCAGUUCAGACAAUACCUCAUCCCCAAGGGCACAACCGUAAUACCAUUACUGACUUCUGUUCUAUAUGACAAUGAAGAGUUCCCCAAUCCAGACCAGUUUGACCCACACCAUUUCCUGGAUGAAAGGGGCAACUUUAAGAAAACAGACUAUUUUGUACCUUUUGCAACAGGAAAAAGGGCAUGUGUUGGUGAAAGCCUGGCUCAGAUGGAAUUGUUUCUUUUUUUCACCACCAUCUUACAAAAUUUCACCUUGAAGCCUGUCAUUGACCCCAAAGACAUUGACAUUACCCCAGUUGCCAAUGGGUUCAACCAUGUGCCACCCUCUUAUGAGAUCUGCUUCCUAUCUUCCAAGAGCACAUAAAGGAGCACCCCUCUACUGGUGGUUAUAGUGCCUUCUGUCUUGUGCACACAUUAUACUCAUUUUCUUGCCUGGCAUUUAAAGCCUUCCAUGACUUGGGCCACAUGUACUUUUCCAGCCUGAUUUCUAACUGCUCCCUUUGGUUUUAAUAAAAAUGAAUUACAAACCAUCCCCUCCCAACAUUUCUCAGGUUCCUUGCCCCAGUGUUUUUGCUCCUGUGAAAUAUUCCUGUUCCCCAGGGUAUUUCCUCCCACUCUUCAUCUUCCCCUAUUGAUAUACUACCCAUCCUUAAAGAUCAACUCAGAUACCACAUCCCUCUGAAUUCCUUUGCACUUAUGAUCACAAUAUAACAUUUAAUUGUAUACUCA